UGGACCGCACUCUGCUUAUCUUUAAGGAAUCCUGAUGAUUGUCAAUUUGUACGUUUUGGUCUGCUACCUAAUAAAAAAUCUAUUCAACACAAAGUCACGUUUAGUAUCUACUGAAACAUUUCAUGCCCACCUAGCUUUACUGUUUGUGUCUUGUUACUUUCCGUGUUUUAUAGAAAUGUUUUUUGGAAUAAGUACCACAGUGUUGACAGUGCUAAUAGCUGACCUUCUGGCUACAGCAGGAGAUAUCACUCAAACAUGGACCUCUCCAAUGUAUAUCAAACUUUACUCAAACGACACCAGCGAAAACCCGUUGGGCAAACCAUUAACAUCAUCUGAAGAUUCGUGGAUUGGCAGCCUCAUAAACAUUGGAGCAGUUAUUGGAGCUAUACCGACAGGAUUUAUUGCGGACAAAAUUGGUCGAAAAAAUGUGAUGCUUGCAAUUGCUGUACCACACAUGAUAGCAUAUUUUACUUAUGCCUUUGCAAACCACGUUUAUCUUUUUUACAUUGGCCGUUUCAUCAAUGGAAUUGCUUUGGGAGCCGGUUAUACAAUUCUGCCUAUGUAUAUGACAGAAAUUACCGAAGAUUCAAAUCGAGCUUCAUUAUCUGUUACUUUGAAUAUUUUUUGGACUUUGGGCAAUUUCAUUCCAUAUGCAAUUGGGCCAUAUUUAUCAGUAAGAACAUUUAACUUGAUUUUGGCCGCAAUUCCCACAACGUUUUUGUUAUGUUUCGUCAUAAUUGGUAGUGAAACACCUCACUUUUUGGUCCAAACUGGUCAAAUCGCUGAAGCAGAAGAAACUGUAAUGAGAUUGAGAUCCUGUAGCAAAGAGAAAGCAAAAAAAGAAGUAGAAGUUUUAGAGGCAGCUUUUAAAAAACAUGAUGAUGUGAGCUUAAAAGAUAUUUUCAUGAAUCGAGGUCUUCGAAAAGCCUAUAUUGUAUCGCUGAUUCUAAUAUUUCUUCAAACGAUGUCAGGCAUUGGCGCCAUCUCCUACUAUAUGCAACCCAUUUUUGCAGCUUCGGGUUCAAAUUUUUCAGCUUCAGUUUCUACAACAAUUUGCGGAGCUUGCAUGUUCCUCUCCAGCUUUACCACUACAUUUAUUGUUGAAAGUGCAGGUAAAAAAUGGCCUUUGGGAGUUUCUUGUUUAGGCGAUGCUUUGUCCUUAGCAGUACUUGGUGCUUUCUUCUACAUCAAAGAUAGUACUAGUUUAAGUACUGAUCAUAUAUCUUGGCUGCCCAUAGCAGGACUUUUGGGAUACAUUUUUUUUUUUAAUUUGGCUUAUAGUGCAUUACCAUGGACAAUUAGUUCUGAAUUGUUUCCCAGUAAUGUCAAACCCAUUUCUUCAGCUUCUGUAGCCGCUUGUUGUUGGAUGACUUCUUUCUUUGUUACUAAAUUCUUCAAUGUUUCAAAUGAAAUACUUGGUAGAGCCGGUACAUUUUGGAUAUAUUCUGGCGCUUGCUUGUUUGCGGUGCUGUUUGAUAUUAUUUGGGUUCCAGAAACUAGAGGGAAAAAUUUUAGUGAAAUACAAGAAAUGUUACAGAAGUAAAUUUCAAUUCAAUUAUCAGUAUUAGUAGAUAUCAAUAUUUAUUUAUUUAUUAAUGUGGAUUGAAUGAUAGCUAUAGUUUUUUUAUAUGAUUAAGUUUCAAUUUAUCAGAUAUUUAUUUUAGCGGGUAAAUAAUAUUUUUGUUGAGGUAGAAUUUCGAGAUAUUGUUUUUGAAGGAAAAGAUUCCUGCAACGUGAUAGAAAAGAUGCAGAUACCUAUUCUAUUUUAUUUCUCUGUGAUUAAUAAUAUAAUUAUGUUUAUAAAAACACCUUUUAGUUAAAAAAAGUGAGAUGUCAUAUUGAAAUAUAUAUAUUUUUAAUUAA